CAACUAGGCCGUUGAAACGAGGGUGGUGAAAGAAUGCCUGUUCAAUGCUUUGCGUCGUCCUUCUCCGCUUCUGCUAUGAAGUUCUUGAUGCUAUCCAUCCUAAAAUGUACGGUACUCACAACUGCUCUUCCUCACUGCAUCCGACAGGGUACUAGACGUCAACAGGCUGGUUUCUCCAGCAGAAAAGUGAAUCAGGCGCACCUUGAACCGGCUUUAAUGGGAACCGCCUCCUUAACCCGCUCAACAAGGGGUUUGCCAGGAGAGGGUGCCUCCUUCUUCGAUCCGCCCAAGGAAGCUCGGAAUGCGAGCGCACAGAGAUCGGGGUUGACACCAUCCGCCAUGCCACUGUCACACCCCCGCCGAUUCAAGUCAAAACUCUCCACCGUCCAUCGAGGAACAGCUUUUGAGGAGCGUUCUCGGCGACUGCUCGAAGAGACCAUGUCCAUGACCCUCACUCGCGUCGGCGGACGCGCCGAUGGCGGCAUCGACCUUCAAGGGUGGUGGUGGCUCCCCCUCAAAUCGAAAGAACAGCGCGACCGCCUGCGCGUCAUUGGACAAUGUAAGGCCGUCACCAAGAAAAUCUCCCCCAAUUUCGUUCGCGAGAUGGAGGGCGUGCUUGCGCGAUUUCUCCGCGUCCCUGCGACUGAGGAGCAGGCCGUCGCCAUGCUCGUAUCGGAGGCGCCAUUCUCGCAAAAUUCCAUCAUUCGCACAAUGGAGUCGCAUGUCCCUUUUCUUCUGUUACACCUGCCGCCGCUUCCCGAAGAACAUACGCUUACCUCAGAGACUGGUGUCACGUCGAAUACCACAUCACCCUAUGGCACCAUCGGUCAAGCUAUCUGGAACCCCGCCCUUGGCUCUCGCAGUGGUCUUCUGGGUGGCCGAGCGGAAAUACGCUGGGUACGCUCAGAGAAGAACGAUGAGCCUGCGCGCCCUGGUCUCUGGUGGGAGGGAAGCAGACUUGCGAACUGGGUACCAGGCGGUGACGACCAUAGAGUUGACUCCAGUUAACG